AUGAUGUUGUCUCGACAAGAACAACAGUCUAUGAAGAAUACGAGUAAUAAUGCGAGUGGUAGAGCUUCUUUGCGAAUUUUUAUGGAUUUUGAUGCUACUCUCACCCGGAAAGAUACCUGUACAUUAAUUCCUCAGCUUGCCAUUGCAAAACAUGCUUCAAAUAUUGAAUUGUUGCAAAGUUGGAAAAAUAUUUCAAGCUCGUUUAUGGAAAAGUAUGAAAAGUCUCUGAAUGACGGAAAACAUUUGAAUAAUUUUUCUCAAUUCUUGGAUGGUUUGGAUCGUGCAGAAUUGUUUGGAGUCACUGGUGUGGAAAACCAGCAAGUUUUGAAAGGAAUUUCUAAAGAUGAUUUGAAAUCGCUCAUUUUCAAAUUUAACAGUGAGCUGGCCGUGAAUUGUGAAACCAUGUUUGAUUUGAUUUGCAACAUUGGUGAAAAUUGUAAAAAUAAUCGAAUUGAAUUGUGUAUUUUAUCGAGUAAUUGGUCUUUGGACGUAAUUGAAAGUUUUCUUAUAGAAAAAGUUCAACCACUUGUCAAUAAGAAGUUAAGGUUAAGGCCGAUCAAUAGACUGGCAAGCAAUGAGGAGCCAGUUUGGAGCACUGAACAUUCAUGCUUUCCAAAUAUUUAUAUUUAUUCUAAUGAUUUGAGGUUUGAUGAGAAUAACUUGACAGAUGGAACUUUUUUGACCAAACAAUGUGUCACCUCUAUGGACAAGUUAAUGUCACUAAGACAUCAUUUAUUUCUCAGCAGAGACACUAGUCGAAGUGUGUACAUUGGAGAUUCGUUCAAUGAUAUGAGAUGCAUUUUAGAGACGAAUGGAGUUUUUUAUUUUCCUCCUGAAAGGCAUCACCAUAUUCUAGAGUAUUGCUCCAAGUUUGGCAUUCCUGUUCAGAUACUUCAAGAAAAUAAUUUCAGAAUUUCAUCUCAAACUCCCACCGUAGCUCAUGAUUGGAAAGAAAUCACAAAAGCUAUUGAGAAUGAAUUAAUGAACUAA